CUUUUUAUCCUUUGAUCCUUAUUUUUGGUAAAUUUCAAUUUGAUGACACAGUCCAUUGCCAUUUCAGAGUCCGUUGUUGGAUAACAUGUCCUCCCUCUGUCAAGUUGUUUCAGUUCAUUUUUCGGUUUGUUGAUUCUUUUUCUUUUUUCUUUUCCUCCGAUAAUAAGCACGUAACUGAUCUGGGUAUUGAAGAUUUUGAUUAUCCGGCGAAAUUGUAACUGGGUAUUCAAGAUUUGAUUCUCCAAGGAUUGUAUUGAGGAGGGCAUUGGUGAUUUUCAGUCCUCUUACAAUGGAUUUUAUUAUUUCAUGAUUGAUUAUUUGAGGGAAGUUCUGGCAUAUAAUGGUGAAAUGAUUGAAGAAAAUUUUGGAGUUGUUUGUUGAGUGUACAGGGUCCUUCGAAGUUCACGAAGAUCCUCAACUAAUCCCUACAGCAUCCCAAAUUUUUUAAAUGGGUAGUUGCGAAGGGGUUUUUUUUUUUUUUUUUCUUUUUCAUUCUUUUCCAAGAAUUAAGGUUGACAAGAGUCUUUUGGUUUGUCAAUUCAUCAUAGGAAUCAUCUAAAGUUUGUGAGAGUUUGGCCGUUGUACCCAAUUCUUUUUUGUGUAUGUUACAGACUUGUUUCAUUGAUUGCUUUGGUCAAGUCCUGUUCGCAGAUCAUAUUCUCUGCAUUUUAAACAUCUUCUCCAAGUGUUUGAUCACAAGUCCUUUAGUACAGUUCAUUUGUGAAAUUUGGGGAGAUUCUAGCUUUUCAUAAGGAUCAUGAGGUUUUUCAGCCUUGUGGGGAAUUCUUUUGGUUGUUCGGCAUCUGGGGAGCGCUUAGUUUCUGCAGCCAGGGAUGGAGAUCUUCAAGAAGCCAAGGCUUUACUAGAAUAUAAUCCUAGGCUCGUGAGGUACUCAACUUUUGGAGUCCGCAAUUCACCUCUCCAUUAUUCUGCAGCUCAAGGCCACCAUGAGAUUGUCUCUCUCUUGGUUGAGUCUGGUGUUGAUAUUAAUCUCAGGAAUUAUCGUGGUCAGACUGCUCUGAUGCAAGCUUGUCAACAUGGUCACUGGGAGGUUGUUCAGAUUCUAGUUCUUUUUAAGGCUAAUAUUCACAGAGCAGAUUAUCUCAAUGGAGGUACUGCACUCCACCUGGCUGCUUUGAAUGGUCAUUUCCGUUGCAUACGCCUCCUCCUUGCAGACUACAUACCUAGCAUCGCUGAUAUUUGGAACUCAUUAGCAAAGACAUCUGACAGCAGACACUCAACCUCUGAUUUUGAUGAAGGCAGUGGUUUUUGUGAGGUAAUUAAUAGAGCAGCUGAUGGAGGUGUCACUGCUCUGCAUAUGGCUGCACUGAAUGGGCAUGUUGAAAGUGUUCAGUUACUCUUGGACUUGGGAGCUUCUAUCACUGAGAUCACAGUUGAAGAUGGAACCACAAUUGAUCUUAUAGGUGCUGGGAGCACAGCUCUGCAUUACGCUGCAUGUGGUGGAAAUGCCCAAUGUUGUCAGCUUUUGAUUGCCCGGUGCGCCAGCCUGACUGCUGAAAAUACUAAUGGAUGGACUCCCUUGAUGGUUGCUCGUUCAUGGCAUAGAAAUUGGCUUGAGGAAAUUCUUAGCAUUCAAUCAGAAGGCCAACCUCAAAUUCUUCCUUCACCUUAUCUGUCUCUUCCCCUGAUGAGCAUCGUCAAAAUUGCUAGAGAAUGUGGAUGGAGGAGCAAUGAUUGUCUACCGUGUCAAGAUCCAUGUGUAGUAUGCUUAGAAAGAAAGUGCACAGUAGCGGCAGAAGGUUGUGAGCAUGAGUUCUGCACAAGGUGUGCCUUGUACCUCUGUUCUACUAAUAGCACAAGUGUAGCUCAAGAUCCCCCAGGCUCCAUUGCCUGUCCUCUCUGCCGACAGGGCAUAGUUUCAUUUGUUAAACUCCCAGAAACAAGGCCAAAAAUAGUCAAGACAAUUGCAAGAACAAGUUUAUCCCUUUCAUUUUGUACAUGUUCAGGUGAUGAUGGACCGGAAAUGGCUUCUUUAACAACCCCAUUUUGCAAUCCCAAUAUCCAUUGCACCAGGAUUUCUCCACUGGGAUCUCCCCUUCGUUCUCUAAGCUGCCAGAGGUUUCCAUCAAUGAAAAUCAAUUCAAGCCUUUGCAUGGGAGCUCCAGAUACUAGUCCUUCUUUAGUCCCAUGCAACUUACGUAACCAGCUAGCUAGGUGCGCAAGAUCCAGUUACCGACGGUCAGUUUCUCAUACAGAGGGCCGGAGGUCAUGGUUCUUUGCACUUAAUCAAUAUGUAACUACAGGCAGUGGGUGCUGAUUCUUUUCUCUCUUUCAUCUAUACGAUGCAUAUCUCUGUGCUUACUUUUUGUCCCAGAAAUCAACUGGAUGCUUAUAAGGAUCACAUGCGGAUAAGUUUGACCGGAAUCUGUUGUAAAUAUAGAUGAAAAAAUCAUCUGCUACCCAGGUAUAGAAUGCAUCAAUGUGACUCAUAGCUUUUCCCAUUAUUCCUCGUUCGGACACUUUUAAUUUCAGACUCAGUGAAAGGACAAAUUUGAGGAACUUGGAUCUUUUGACAGUAAUUACAUAACCAGAAACUGAAACUUUGAGACA